GUCAACGACUCGCCCGCGCCCAGCGGCCAGGCCCUCGUCGGCGCCGGCACCGCCGCCGGCGCCCGCGACCGCCUGCAGUGGGCUCCCGGCGGCCGGCGCCGCGUCCUGGCGCGCGGCGGCCUCGAGCGGCGGCUGCUCGCCAACGCCUCUGCGCCCGCGGCGCCGCCGCCGCAGCAGCAGCAGCAGCUGGGGCGCGCGUACGUGCAGGGCACGAACCAACCCGUCGUCCUCUCCGCAUGGCUGCGCUCCGCCCAGCCAACGUCGGUCACUCUUGAGGACCUGCCCAGCGGCAAUUACUCCCUCCAGGCCCGCGGCAUCGACGCGGCCGGCAACGUGGGGCCGCCCAGCGAGCCGUGGCGGUUCGUUGUCGACGCGACGCUCCCGCUGCCGGAGGAGAUUGAGGCGCAGAGGAAGCGCGUGCUCGCGCUGGGGCUUGGGAUUGGGCUGGGCGUCGGCGGGCUGCUGCUGCUGGCCGCGCUGCUGGCAGGGGCGUUUUACUGGCGCCGCGCCGCGGUCGCGCGGCGCGUCGAGCGGGAGCGGCGCGCGCGGCA